AUGAACUAUCAUAGGGCUGUUAGGCGGGGACUACAGAGCUUAUGGAGUGGCCGAAGGCCUCCGUUACCUUUUCAAACUCCAACAAAGCCACCGUUUUCAUAUCACCAACGCAAGUAUAAUAACCAAGAGCCAAAUCCACAGGCUGUCCAGGAUGCUGCAAAUAAGGAGCCGGGAAGUGAUGGUGAUGGUGCCAUGUCGAAGAGACUGGCUGAUAUGACCGAAGAUGCCAUAAUGCAAGGUGGCAGUUCCGCAAGGAAGAACAUACAAGAGGCUGGAUUCUCAGAGGAACUGAAACAAAGGCUACAGGAGAGAAUUGCCGAGAGCUCGUUCAAAAAUGAAAAUGCAGCGGCAAUUGCUUAUGCGAACCUCCCACGAAGCGCGGGCAAAGGCACUCGAGAUAUGGCUGGUGCGGUGCCGUGGACGGGCGACGAGAGCAUCCAUGAUGCUACACUUCGCAUGCUGGACGACGCAAUCAAACCUAUGCGCGUUCCGUUCCGGCCUCCGCAGCCAGGAGGGCCUAUUCCUGCUGCCCCCAAGCCUAAAAGAAACCUAUCCUCUGGCGAGAGAUUGGCAGCAGCACGCGAGCGUACUACAGAAUACACGCUAAAACAGGAUGCAAACACUUCUAAGGAGGAACGUGAGUCCUUUCAUAAGGAGCUCCGGGAGCGCUACGGGCCGGGGGUACAUUCCUUCCCGGUCACCAUCCAGGGGCUUAGCUCGUUGGCAAAUGAAAGGAUAGAGGAUGCAAUGGCGCGUGGUCAAUUUAAGAAUAUUCCUCGUGGUAAAGGGAAAAACACUAAACGUGACCCUACUGCCGAUAGUCCCUAUCUUGAUACCACUGAAUACGUGAUGAAUCGGAUCUUACAGAAACAGGAGGCUACCCCUGAGUGGAUACAGAAACAGCACUCAAUGCAGUCUGGCAUAAUGCAAUUUCGGAGCCGGCUGAGAGAGGACUGGAGAAACCAUGCCGUGAUGAUGAUUCGGAGUCAGGGAGGAACGUUAGAGGAGCAGAUUAGACGUGCACGCGGCUACGCUGCUGCAGAGUCCAAGCAUAACAAGGUAUUACAAGCUCGUGCGCAGCCAGCUGAUUAUAAAGACGAUGGGAGUACACCCUCGUCUGCUGAUAAUGAGCUCGUGGAGAACCUCCCUUGCUUGCGAGACCCACAGUAUAUGGCCACUGAGCGAGGAUACCACGAAUUGAAAAUUAAACAGCUCAACGAGACUAUACGGUCAUAUAAUCUACAGUCUCCACAGGUCGCGCAGAGGGCAUAUCUCAACCUACAGCGAGAGCUGGACUCUUGCUAUGCCGAUACCGCCCUCAGACUCCCCGAAGAGAUAAAGCAGCGGGCAACAGCUGGACAACGUAGCCCUGGGACCUCUGGUAGCCAACAAACUGGACUGGGAGGAUUAUCUCCAUCGCCGGGUUUAAACCACGAAGCUCGAAUAUACGAUGAGGACAGUUCAAAGGGCUACGGUUUCAAGCAGAUGUGGCGAGACUUGUGGAAUUGA